AUGGCUUUUUGGGGCGUCGAGUUGAAACCUGGGAAGCCAAUCACUCACUAUUGCAAAAAGGCUAGAGGAAGGCUUCGAAUUUCUCAGGCAACUCUUGGAAUUGGAGAUGCUACGAUCAGUUCAACAGUGCAGUGUAAUAUAGGUACAAGGAGUCCGGUUAUGCUCUGUGUGUUGAUGCCUGGGAAAACAGAGGCUUUCCAUUUAGAUUUGGAAUUCGAGGAGGCUGACGAUGUGGUCUUUUCUGUUAUCGGCCCACGAAGUGUGUAUCUCACUGGUUAUUACCUCCAGAAAAUUCAGAGCGUAUGUUUGCACAAUGAGUUGUCGGGGAAAAGUCAAAAGCCAGAAAGGAAAAGAAAAAGGCACUUAAAAAAGAUCAGCAAAAUAAAAAAGCGCUCAAAAAAGGAGGAGAAAACCCACACCAUUCAAGCAGACGAAGAUAACAACACUGUUCUAGGAGAGGAUAAUGUGCACGAGAUGAGAAAGAGUGAGCUGGAGCUGGAAGGAAUCAGUGACUAUCAAUGUGAUUUACAGCAUGUUGAAAACCAGACUCAAGAACAACCGGGGUUUGAAGAAGAAAUUCAUACUGAAGAAAUUUGUGAAGAACAUCAUGAGAUACCAAAACAGGGUAACUUAGUGGAAGUGUUGCCACAUGGAGACAACUCUAAGGAUGAUCUUCAAAAAGAAAUGGGAGAAAUACAGAUUGACGACAUCAUAGAAACUGACCACCAAAAACAGACCAUAUUAAACGGGGGGUUAAUCAUUGAAGAACUAGACAGUGGACCACAUGAUGCAAAAGUAGCCUCACUUGGUAAAAAGGUCAAAAUUUAUUACACGGCCAUGGUGAAGGACACAGGCCAUGUUUUUGAUUCGAAUGUUGGUAAAGAUGCUCUGUGUUUUCGGUUGGGCGAUGAAGCCUUCAUUGAUAGUUGGAAUGUUGGCAUUGAUGGUAUGCGUAUUGGUGGAAAGAGGAGGCUUAUCGUCCCACCUUCAAUGGGUCCUGGAGAUAGCGCAUUGGGAGAAGAUGUUCCACCGAACUCAUGGUUGAUAUACGACAUUGAGCUGCUUAGUGUACGAAGAUAA